GCGGGGCUGGCAGCAGCGGUGUGUGCAGUGGGGGCGGGCAGCUCGGUGACGUGGCUCUGCGCGGAGCAGAGCAGGCGGAGCAGGCGGGCCGGGGCGGAGCGGAGUCCUCCGCAGAGAAGCCCCUCCCCUCCCGGCCGCGGCCGCCGACCCCGGCCCGGCCUGGCUCUAUGGACAGGAGCUCGCCCGGCCUGACUCUAUGGACAGGAGCUCGCUGCUGCAGCUUAUCCAGGAGCAGCAGCUGGAUCCUGACAACACAGGCUUCAUCGGUGCGGACACCUUCACUGGCCUGGUGCACAGCCAUGAGCUGCCCCUGGACCCGGCCAAGCUGGACAUGCUUGUGGCCCUGGCCCAGAGCAACGAGAGGGGUCAGGUCUGCUACCAGGAGUUGGUGGACCUGGUCAGUGUCACGAUCAGCAGCAAGCGCUCAAGCAGCUUCAAGCACGCCAUCACCAAUGGACAGCGGGCACUGCCCCGGGACGGGCUGCUGGACGAGCCGGGCCUGGGUGUCUACAAGCGGUUUGUGCGCUACGUGGCCUAUGAGAUCCUGCCCCGAGAGGUGGACCGCCACUGGUACUUCUACCGGCAUCGCAGUUGCCCACCCCCGGUGUUUAUGGCCUCGGUCACCCUCGCCCAGGUGGGCCUGCCCACGUGCCACCUGGGAGCCACCCAUGUCACUGGCUUGCCUAGCCCUAAUACCCGUCUCCCCCAGAUUGUCGUGUUCCUGUGCUACGGGGCCCGCCUCAACAAGUGGGUGCUGCAGACCUACCACCCCGAGUACAUGAGGAGCCCCCUCGUGUACCACCCCGGCCACCGCGCCCGGGCCUGGCGCUUCCUCACCUACAUGUUCAUGCACGUCGGGUUGGAGCAGCUGGGGUUCAACGCACUCCUGCAGCUGAUGAUCGGGGUGCCCCUGGAGAUGGUGCACGGCCUGCUCCGCAUCAGCCUGCUCUACCUGGCUGGCGUGCUGGCAGGUGAGCAGGCGUGUGUCCCCUGGCCACCUUGUUGGCAGGCCUCUCUCUCACGGCCCCCCUUUGUUCACAUAGGCUCCCUGACCGUCUCCAUCACUGACAUGCGGGCCCCUGUGGUGGGGGGCUCCGGCGGGGUCUAUGCCCUGUGCUCAGCACACCUGGCCAACGUCGUCAUGAACUGGGCUGGGAUGAGGUGUCCGUACAAGCUGCUGAGGAUGGUGCUGGCCCUGGUGUGCAUGAGCUCCGAGGUGGGCCGGGCCGUGUGGCUGCGCUUCUCCCCGCCACUGCCUGCCUCGGGCCCGCAGCCCAGCUUCAUGGCGCACCUGGCGGGCGCUGUGGUGGGAGUCAGCAUGGGCCUGACCAUCCUGCGCAGCUACGAGGAGCGCCUGCGAGACCAGUGCGGCUGGUGGGUGGUGCUGCUCGCCUAUGGCACCUUCCUGCUCUUCGCCAUUUUCUGGAACAUCUUCGCCUACGACCUGCUAGGCGCCCACAUCCCCCCACCGCCGUAACGGGCUUCUGGAGCUACACAGGCCAGGGCGAAGGUGUGUGUGGGCCAGCCACCAGGCGGGCCUGCACAUCCGCCCUCCGUGAAUGUACGUCUCAAGGCUGCUGCUUCUCCCCUGUGGGGCGGGUGGCCCCUGUGGCCCCAAGUCCAGGCUGAGCCUUACACCAGCCCUGGUGCCCCCUCCCAGGCCUGGGGGUGUAGGACUGUUGGGCUGGGCCUGGUGGUGGAGGUCCCCAAGGGUGGCCCCAGAGGAGACCCUGCCUCCCAGCCUCCCCACCCAGGAUUUGCGGUCUGAGCCUUUUUGGAGAAUGAAUAAAUAUUUUACACAGCA